GUUGCCGAGCGACAGAGGAAGCAUCGGUCUCGUCGUCCAUAGUUGCCAUCUAAACAGCUCGCUAGCAGACUUUUACACCCAACGCCAGACUUUCCCCAACUAAGCGAUGGAGGUGACGAUGGACCCUUUGUUUCUGGCGUUGAGCUAUUUCCGGAGAAGAAGGCUCCAACAAUGUUCGGACAUUUGCACUAAAAUAUUACAAGACAACCCGUACGACCAGGCUGCAUGGAGCUUGAAAACUCGCGCUCUUACAGAGAUGGUAUACAUUGAUGAAAUUGAGGUGGACCAGGAAGGGAUAGCUGAGAUGAUGCUGGAUGAAAGCUCUAUUGCUCAAGUUGCACGACCAGGAACAUCACUGAGGCUACCUGGAACAAGUCAGGGUGGAGGUCCCACACCGGCUGUCAGGCCUUUGACCCAAUCAGGGCGUCCUAUCACAGGAUUUGUGAGGCCCAGCACACAGUCAGGACGUCCUGGGACAAUGGAGCAGGCCAUCAAGACCCCACGCACUGCAAGCACUGCUCGUCCUGUCACUAGCGCUUCUGGCAGAUUCAUUCGUCUGGGAACAGCUUCGAUGUUAACCAAUCCAGAAGGACCAUAUAUAAACUUGUCAAGACUAAAUCUGGCCAAGUAUUCCCAAAAAACGCAUUUAUCCAGGACAUUGUUUGAGUACAUCUUCCAUCAUGAAAAUGAUGUAAAAAAUGCAUUAGAUUUGGCUGCUCAAGCUACAGAACAUGCUCAGUUUAAAGACUGGUGGUGGAAAGUUCAGCUGGGGAAAUGCUACUACAGGCUGUGUUUAUAUCGAGAGGCAGAAAAACAGUUUAGAUCAGCUCUCAACCAUAAAGAGGUGGUGGAUACAUAUCUCUACCUUGCGAAGGUGUAUCAGCGCCUGGAUCAACCAAUCACAGCCCUUAACCUUUUCAAGCAAGGUCUGGACCACUUUCCUGGUGAGGUUACUCUUCUAACAGGAAUCGCUCGCAUACAUGAGGAGAUGAACAACAUCUCUUCGGCCACCGAGUAUUACAAAGAUGUCCUGAAGCAGGACAACACUCACGUGGAGGCUAUAGCCUGUAUAGGCAGCAAUCACUUCUACACUGAUCAGCCUGAGAUCGCCCUGCGCUUCUACAGGCGGCUACUUCAGAUGGGGGUUUACAACUGCCAGCUGUACAACAACCUGGGCUUGUGCUGCUUCUAUGCCCAGCAGUACGACAUGACUCUGUCCUCUUUUGAGAGGGCUCAGGCCCUGGUGGCCAAUGAUGAAGAGCAGGCUGAUGUGUGGUACAACAUAGGUCAUGUGGCUGUGGGCAUAGGAGACUUGACUCUGGCCUACCAGUGCUUUAAACUGGCUUUGGCUAAUAAUAAUGACCAUGCGGAGGCCUACAACAACCUGGCUGUGCUGGAGCUGCGCAAAGGACGUAUCGAACAGUCUAAAGCAUUCCUGCAGACGGCUGCAUCGCUGGCCCCUCACAUGUAUGAGCCACAUUUUAAUCUCUCCAUUCUCUCUGAAAAGAUCGGAGACCUUCAAAGCAGCUACACUGCCGCCCAAAAGUCUGAGGACUCCUUCCCGGAGCAUGUCGACACUCAGCAGCUUCUGAAGCAACUUCGGCAGCACUUUGCGGCUCUGUGAGCGCCCGACCAGCAUGCUUAGAAAGAAAGGUGUGGUUUGAACAAUACAGUAGUUAAAGUUAAGAAAUAUUGCAUUCUAGUGGUAUCCAUGGGACUCCUGAACAAAAAGGUAUUUAUAAAAAAAUGAGAUGGGCAGGUAAGUGAGACAUGGAAAUCAACAAAUGCUUAUCUCGUUUACUUAUCAAUUGAUACGUAUACACUAAUGUUGUCGGAAGUGACUUAUUUGGCCAUUCUCAUUUGAGCCAACAAGACAGCUGUUUUGGAAAUUAGCUCCAGUGGUUAAGUUAACUCUUACUAGUUAAUAUUGUAUUAUCAUAUUUCCUUACCAUUAUCCAUAAUGGAAAAUGUCUGGGAUUUCUGCAAGCUUAACACCUCCAUGAUAACUGACACUUUAAGUGUUGCUUUGUCACGCAACAUAUGAGUUGUAUGAAUGUACAAUGUAUGCGAAGCUGGGUGUUUUCCUGAUAAACUGCUACCCUAGUGUACUGGUCUGUAUAGUAUACAUUCAUAUGUACAUAGUCAAAAUAUUUAGUACAGUAUAAUGGUUAACCUACUUUUUGUAGUUCAUUUCAUGAAUCAAAUGUAUUUUUGGUAUUUUGACAUGACAAUAAAAAGAGAUGUAAACAUCUUU